AUGUGGAUCAAGCAACUGACCAAACGUGCGCAGGAGCUGGAAAUUGCUACCUUCGAUGGCGAACGAUCGAUCGUCGUUGUUACGGACUUUGCGAACCGCAACAAACUGCACGGGAUCGCACAAACCACCAGCGAGAUCAGCCCUGCCGUUGGAUGCGCGGUCGCCAUCGUGCUUUACAACCCAGGCGAGCAAGUGGACGGGCAAGAAAGGCCCGUUCAGACGGACGUCUGGCGCAUCUUUAGCGGGGCCAAGGACUGUGCGCAUUACAACGCUCUCCUAAUAGAAGAGAUUUUCGUGCACUACAGCGGCCAGGAACCACACAAGGAAUCAAAAUUGCAAAUGCCAGAAGGAGGAUGGGGAGAGCUUCGACAUGAUCGGCUGAGUCCGCCCACUAUGAGCGCAAUCGGGCGUGCAUAUUCCCGAGGCGCAGUGCCCGGCCUUAAAAAAAUUACGGUGAUUUCAGACGGAAAAACAUCGACGUAUAAGGGCGCACCUUCCUUUGGGUAUCUCUAUGGAAUUACAGAAAAAUACGACGUCGAGAUCAUGCAGAUGUUUGGCGCAGCGCACCACAUGAGCGGCCCGGUUGACGCAUACGGUACGUGGUCAUGCAACGGUUGUUACAUAUAUGGGGGCUACAACGACGGCGCAGCGAAACACUCUGACACGGACGUACCAGGCUGGGCAACUGUAGACGAACUUAAUGGAGGCAUCGAAUAUGCUGCUCCGACUGCGCAUUCAACCCAGCUGUAUUGCGUUAGGAUCAAAGCCCCGUGGACGCCAGAGCCGAAAGAACAUCCCCUGGCGCACGUGGACUCCGAGCCGGAUUCUGAUGAUUUGUUGUUUUGCACGGGCAAAAAUGGCAAAAAGAAGAUGUGCCUCCCAUGCAGAAAUCGCGAAAAUCAGGGCACCAUACUAUCCGGCGAGCCAGUAGCCCCGCUCGAGUGUGAUUAUCAGCACUGUUGUGGCACUCCGCGGUACGCGCAAGUGCUAGGCCACAGAGCUACCACGCAAGCACAGAAAAACAAGGAGCAAAUCAGGAAGACACAACACACACGCGAAAAAAAAGCAGCAAAGAAACGUAAAGACCGCAAUUGA